AUGGAUCUAUUAUGCACAGUUUGCAACGAAGUUGUAGACCCUUCUACAUUACUAAAAUGUACGGGCUGUGGAGGCCCCUACCAUUUCCAUUGCCUGAAUAUAACACAGGCCCAAUUUAAGGAAAAGUUACAUGUUUUGGAAAAGUCAUGGCUAUGCUCGUUCUGCACGUCUGUUAACACCCGUCGCAGGAGGAACGACUUCACCCCUGUUGUUGCGGCGACAUCUUUUGUACACCUGGAUGAAUCGGCUAUGUCGUGUGACGGAAUGAAUGAUUCGAGGCUGGCCGAAGGUGAACGGACGGCGUGCGCGAGUGAAAUUGAGACCAGCAGCAUCUUGACUACACCUCCUAACUUCUAUCAAACAUCCGAUAUUCGCGGCGGCCAGCCAGUCACCCAACCGAGUGAGGUGUUGAACAACAUUCUAGCGAAAAUUACCGAAUUACAGGUACAGUUCUCAGCCAUCCAAGUCAUCCAAUCGGAUAUGAGCCAAGUUAAGACUGAUUUAGCUGAGAUGAGAAAUAGUCUCAAUACGAAGGUCGAGGAGAUGGCUGUUAGGAUCGACUCCAUCGAGUCCCGCGUAGAUGCCCUGGAAUCAUGUAGAGCUGAAUUGACAGAGGUAAAAAACAUGGUACACCAUAUAAUGGCAGACCAAAGAAAUAACGACCAAUGGGUGCGAAGAUCCAAUAUUCAAUUAAACGGGAUUCCUGAAACCAGAGGUGAAAAUCUGCAAGUGAUUUUAAAGUCUCUAGCCGAUCUCUCCGGAUAUCCCCUCAACACCAGUUCGGACAUUGAUUUUGUUACUCGUGUAGCCGUUAAGAAUGAUAAGGACAAUAAUAAUCCUAAACCUAUAAUAGUGAAGUUUCUGGCCCGCUACAAGAACAUUGACUUUUUGUCUAGUUUGCGAAAAUUAAAAAAUUUGAAAGCAUCUGAUUUGGGAUUCUCUAAUAAUGAGAAUCGAAUAUUUAUCAAUGACCACCUUUCAACCUUCAAUAAAUACUUGCUUAAGCAAGCGCAAAUUAAAAAAACGCAAAAAGGUUACAAAUAUUGCUGGGUUAGAAACUGCACUGUGAUGGUACGCAAGUCUGAUUCCUCGCCUAUUUUGUAUAUUACUUCCGAGGAGGCUUUAAACAAAAUCACAUAAGCAAAAACCUUUACUUGUUAAGUCAUUGUGUUUGUUUAAAUAAUUGUACAUGUAUAAUAUCAUUUAUUACUUACAUAUUGCUUCACUGUAAAAACUAUUUACCAGCUGAUCUUGAUAAAAUAUUUAGUACUUUUAACUUGCAAUGCUCUUCUAUAAAAAUUAUUACUUAUUGCUUUUACUUAUUACGACUCGAAUCACUUAGUAUAUCACCUUGUAAUAUUUUAAAAAUGCAGCUCACAAUUAUUAUCACUGACCACCAAUUAUUUAAUGUCAAAUAGCAAUUAUAGCAUUUACUAUCAGAACGUUAGAGGACUCCGAACUAAGUGUUGUGAUUUCUUUCGUAAUGUAAUACAGACCGAUUACGAUCUCAUUUGUUUGUCGGAAACGUGGUUAGUUCCGAGUAUUUAUGACGCUGAAUUAUUCGACGGACGAUACAAUGUUUACCGAACAGAUCGUGAUUGCGAAGGCAUGGGGGUAAGCCGUGGCGGAGGUACU